UCAACCACAACAACAACUACAACGACAACAACUACAACGACAACAACGACGACAACCACUACGACAACGUCAUCCACAACAACCCCUACCCCUACCACAUCACCCGCUGAAACAACAACACCGAAAUAUUGCAAUACAGAAACUACAACACGUCCGCCAUGCAACAACACAACAACGCGGCCACCGUGCACAACAACGCGGCCACCGUGCACAACAACUCGACCACCAUGUACCACAACACGGGAACCAUGUACCACAGCACGGGCACCAUGCACAACAACACGGCCUCCAUGCACAACAACACAACCACCAUGUACCACAACAAGGCCACCAUGUACCACAACAAGGCCACCAUGUACGGAAACAAUCACCACUCCGUGCCCAACACCAGCCCCAACUAAGGCACCCGGCCACACCGUCAACAACGACAAUACCAGGGACGUGGCUCUUGCUCAGCUGCUGAUCUCCCGCCACGACUGCCGCGGAAAAGUCGAUGGAACUUAUCUGGCCGACAUACGCCAUUGUCGCCACUACUACGUGUGCGACAGGCAGAGAUCUAGGCGCCAGAACUGUCCUCUCGGACAGUGGUUCGACCGUCAGCUGAAAACUUGCCGUCAAAGCAGCGAGGUUACCAAUUGCCUGGCCAUGCGCAAUUAAGAAUUCACAAAUGAAAGUGAAAUGAAAUGGAAAUGGAAAUGAAAAUGAUCCAGCAUCAACUGCGCCUCCAUUGCGGCUAGGCCAUUUGCAUAUACUUAUUCCAAAUUCGCACAAGUCAAACCAAAACAAUUCAACCAACCUGCAACAUAUCAAUGAAAAGUAAAGUAAUACCAAAGACAAUAUAUUUUCAAAGCAAUAAACCAAAUUUUCAUAGCCAUAAAAGUAAAA